AUGCCACCACUCACCCACCCCGCCCCAGACGAUGCCGCCGUCCGCGCUCUCGGCUUGCCCCAGUCUUCCCGCCCCGGCGCAGCCACCCUCUCGCUCAACCGCGACCACCUCAUUCGCAUGCGCGAGGGCCACUUUACCCGCGCUCGGCCCGGCCGGAAGAAGGACGAAAACCGCAACUGGAGGAAUCUGACAAUGUCCGAAGCCGCCUGGAUACGACUCGAAGAAAUUGGGGCUGUCACCAAGGGCCGCGCUUGGACUGCGCGCGAGGGCUACGACGACGAGGGCAACCCCGUCAAGCCAGACCUCCCAUAUGUCAUGUUGACCAAGCUCGUCAUUGCAUCGUCGCCCCGCAAGAUUCUUACUCUUAAUCAGCGUAGGGGGUUACCAAAGCGUGUGUGCAUGAGAACGGUUCGCUGA